AUGACUCUGGCGAUCUUUACCAAGAUCAUGAACCAGCCAAAUGCCAAGGAGAUGUGGGAUUUCCUGAAAAAGGAAUAUAAAGGUGAUGAUCGCAUCAAAGGCAUGGAAGUCUUGAAUUUCCUUCGAGACUUCGAGAGGCAGCAUAUGAAGGCAAAUGAGUCGGUAAAGGAGUAUGUGGAUAGGCUGGUUGAGAUUGUGAAUCAGAUCAGGAUCCUCGGCACUGAUGUCGAUGAUACGAAGAUAGUGCAGAAGGUCAUGGUCUCGGUUCCAGAAAGAUUCGAAGCCACACUGGCUUCAUUGGACAACACCAAGAACCUGGCAGAACUGAAAUUGUCUGAGGUUCUUAGUGCUCUUCAAGCUCAAGAGCAGAGGAGGAUUAUGAGGAAAGAGGAGGCCACCGAGGGUGCAUUGAAGGCAACGGUUAAGGAAAACUAUGUUGGAAAAGGGAAACAGAAGCAGAAGCCAACUUCUGGGAAUCAAAACAAGCAGGAAGGGAACUCGGAUGAGGCUAAUGCAGGUAGAAAUUUUUCUGAACCUUGCAAACACUGCAACAAGGUGAACCAUCCUCAUUGGAGUUGCUGGAGGAAUCCAAAUGUCAAGUGUAGACAUUGUGGAAAACUCGGGCAUAUCGAGAGAUUCUGUCGAAGCAAAACUCAAAGGCUAGCUGAAGCAAAAGUAGCAGAAACAGGGGAUGAUGAAAAUCUGUUGGUUGCUUCAUGCUUCAUGCUUUAG